UUGGGCAUAUAUGUUGACAUUUCCUGAACCAGCUCAUAAGAUUAUUGGAAAAACUAAGAGGAGUGGCCUGGGCGUGUUACUGAGAAGGACUCUCUGUUAAGGAGUGACUUUACAUGAGAAUUCUGAAUCUCCACUCAACUGGUUUCAUGGUGUUAAUAACGAGAAGUUAGCUUUGUGAGGCAGGCAUAUGCUGAGAACUGUACUGGAUGCUGGUUGCCCGGGAAUUUGAAAUAGCUUUGAGGGAGAGGAUAACUAGGGCAGAACUGCUACUGGUCCAAAGAAUGGAUUUUACAGAGGCUUACUCGGACACAUGUUCUACAGUUGGGCUUGCUGCCAGGGAAGGCAAUAUUAAAUUAUUGAGGAAACUACUCAGAAAGGGUCGCAGUGUCGAUGUUGCUGAUAAUAGGGGAUGGAUGCCAAUUCAUGAAGCAGCUUACCACAACUCUGUAGAAUGUUUGCAGAUGUUAAUUCAUGCAGAUUCGUCUGAAAAUUACAUUCAAGCGAAGACUUUUGAGGGCUCCUGUGCAUUGCAUCUUGCUGCCAGUCAAGGACACUGGAAGAUUGUGCAGGUUCUUUUAGAAGCUGGGGCAGAUCCCAAUGCAACCACUUUAGAAGAAACUACACCAUUGUUUUUAGCUGUUGAAAGUGGACAGAUAGAUACAUUAAAGCUGUUACUUCGACAUGGAGCAAAUGUUAAUGGAUCCCAUUCUAUGUGUGGAUGGAACUCUUUGCAUCAGGCUUCUUUUCAGGGAAAUGCUGAGAUAAUAAAAUUGCUGCUUAAGAAAGGAGCAAGCCAGGAGUGCCAGGAUGACUUUGGAAUCACACCUUUGUUUGUGGCCGCUCAGUAUGGCAAGCUAGAGAGCUUGAGCACACUUAUUUCAUCGGGUGCAAAUGUCAAUUGUCAAGCUCUGGACAAAGCUACUCCCUUGUUUAUUGCUGCUCAGGAGGGUCACACGACAUGUGUGGAGCUUUUGUUGUCUAGUGGGGCAGAUCCUGAUCUUUACUGUAAUGAGGAUAACUGGCAGUUACCUAUUCAUGCUGCUGCGCAAAUGGGCCAUGCAAAAAUCUUGGACUUGUUGAUACCAGUCACUAACCGGGCUCGUGACACUCGGCCAGACAAAGUGAGCCCUGUGUACUCAGCAGUGUUUGGAGGACAUGAAGAGUGCCUAGAGCUGCUUCUCUGCAGUGGCUACAGCCCAGAUGCCCAGAUGUGCCUGGUCUUUGGAUUCAGUUCUCCCAUGUGCAUGGCUUUCCAAAAGGACUGUGAGUCCUUUGGAAUCGUGAAUAUUCUUUUGAAAUAUGGAGCCCAGCUAAAUGAACUUCAUUUGGCAUAUUGCCUGAAAUAUGAAAAGUUUUCAGUAUUUCGCUACUUCUUGAAGAAAGGUUGCCCUGUGGCACCUUGGAGCCAUAUAUCUGAAUUUAUAAGUUAUGCAGUUAAAGCACAAACAAAAUACAAGGAAUGGCUGCCGCAUCUCCUGCUUGCUGGAUUUGACCCGCUGACUCUACUAUGCAGUUCCUGGAUUGACUCAGUCAGCGAAGACACCCUAAUUUUCACUUUGGAGUUUACUAACUGGAGAAGACUUCCGUCCUCUGUUGAACAGAUGCUCUCUGCUCGUGCCUCACUUUCCUCUGGGCUGUUGCAGCAACGAAUUGUUUCUGUCCCAUCCUUGACCCAUCUUUGCCGUUUGGAAAUUCGGUCCAGCCUAAAACCAAAACAUCUGCAGUCUGACAGUUGUAUCUGUCAGCUGCCGCUUCCCAGGAGCCUACAUAAUUACUUGCUGUAUUCAGACGUUCUGAGGAUGAAUGAGAUUCCAGAGUUCACAGCUAUUCAAGAUGGAGAAGUCAGUGAGACAACUUAACGUAGCUCAUUUCCUGCUCUGAAAAACACUGAAGCGAAGGAGCCAUGAGUACAAACUUCAUGAUUUUACAGGCACAGAUGAUAAUUUUUGUGAGGUUUGCUCAGUUUGAGGGGAUGAGCGUGGAGUUUAAAGUAAUUGUUUACAGUAGGGCUUCCCUGCCCCUUCCAAAAUAUUGUAAAUCUCCUCCAUGUUAUUUUAGUAUAGUGUCAUCACCAGUACCUUUUGUGUUUUAAUAUUUAUUUGUCUGAUCAUUUUCUGCUUCAUUCUGGUAAUAAAAGCUGCCUGUAACACUAAACUUG